UAAGUCUCCGCCCGGACCUGUGUGCUGAACCCACCACCAUGCCUUUACGAGUCCGAUCCGGGAACCGACCUCCGGACAGCGGAGACUCCGUCAUGAUCCGACACAUGGAUGACUGGAGCCGGACCCGAGAGGCGCUGCGAGAGCUGGAAGAGAAGCUGUGCUGCUCUGUAUGCUUGUUGACAUUGAAGCAGCCCGUAUGCUUGGGUGGAUGUGAACAUGUGUUUUGCAGGACAUGUGUGGGUGACAAUGUUGGAAAUGAAUGCCCCCUGUGCCACACACCAGCCUGGGUAAAAGAUGUGCAGAUCAACCGGCAGCUUGAUAACAUUAUUCAUCUAUGUAGUAGGCUGAACAGCCUACUAGAUAAAGGAAAACAAGAUGAAAACGACUUGGAUUUAUGUCAAGAUGCGUCGCUCAAACAGAAUACCACUCAAGAAAAAUGCAAUAAAAACCAGAUAAAAAUGAGGUUCAGCCCUCGGAGAGGAAAGGUGAGGUAUGUCUUGGAGAAAGGAGUUAACCAACAAAUUCCAUCAAAACGUGAACAGAUUCCAGUGUUAGAAACAUACGAGUUUGUGUCAUCUUCACCCGACAUAGAGCCCAUGAAGAAAAAGCGAAAUAAUUCAAAGCCAAGAAAGUCCAAAAAGAAGAAACUAGCAGAUAUCAACCAAGAAUGGGGAGUUGGGGCACAAACGCAGAACGGUGAUGACGUCGAGAAAAAAGAUGUUUCGAAAACCAUUAGAUCCGUUUCAUUUUGCAGUUCUCCUGUAGUAGUUGCAACAUCACUCAGUCUACAGGAAAACGAUCAAAACUCUGAUUCACCAGUAAAAAAAAGUCAGACUAGGAAUGUGGACUGUUUUGAAGAACAUACAGCAACUGAAUCUAAAAAUAGUAAAAAGUUGACAAAGGUCAGUCCAUUGAAGCCUUCUGUGCCAGUUUCUAACACUAUUGUAUCUAAGUCUCUAUUGCAGCAAGACUGUGUCUCUAAUGGUACCCAGGUAGAUGGAAGUAACCAAGACAAGAAUAAGAGUGGAGUUGAUAAUGUUGAAGAAAAAAACAGUAACAAAAAACCUUUACGAAGUACAAGGCAAAAAAAUGCAUUAAAUGUAACUCCUAAAAGAGAAAAUACAUCCUUAAAACGCAAAGAACGCCCAUCCGUUUCUCCAGUUUCCACUACCUCUAAACGCUCAAGACAAGGGCCUCUAAAGCCAAGAGUCACCUGUAAGUCUGAGGAGAUAGAAGACAUAGCGGAUUCAAAGCUAGAACAGCCACAAUUGCUUUCCAAGCCUUCUACACCCUCUUCUAAAAAUGGAAGAAGAACAAGCCAAACUAGUGCCUGUAUUCAGAUGUCUCCAAGUAGCCCUUUUGUUUCUAGGAAGAACAUUAAGGGAGAGACAUUGCUUCAUGUUGCUUCUAUAAAGGGGGACCUGAAAGGAGUGGAGGAGCUUCUCAAAAAUGGAGCUAACCCCAAUGUGAAGGACAAUGCUGGCUGGACACCCUUGCAUGAAGCCUGUAAUCACGGACACUCAGUCGUGGUAGAACUAUUGAUUCAGUACCAAGCUCUGGUGAAUACCGCUGGUUACCAGAACGACACUCCUUUACAUGAUGCUGCAAAAAAUGGCCAUGUAGCCAUUGUCAAACUGUUGCUCAACCAUGGAGCAUCCCCGAAUGCAAUUAAUAUAUUCGGUCUGCGGCCUGUAGACUAUGCAGAAACAGAGGAGAUAAAGUUGGCAUUGCUGCAAGCACAGAAAAACAAGGAACCACUUGUGAAGCUGCCAUGCUCUGCCCUGAACAGACAGCAACGUAGGGAAGAGCCCGUAGUCCUUUUGGCUAGUGGCCUGUCAGCUUCUCAAAAGACUAAUCUCGCAAAGCUUGCUUCCCUUCUGAAAGCAGAAAUAUGCUCCAACUACAGUAGUUCAGUAACACACCUUAUUGUCGGGGAGGAUCCUAUGCUUCGUACCUUGAAGUGUAUGAUGGGGAUGUCAUCUGGUUGCUGGAUCCUUCAAUAUGCUUGGGUGAAGACCUGCCUAGAGUCAUGUGGCCGGGAGCCAGAAGAAGCACAUGAGGUGAAGGGCGGACCUCAGAAAGCGCGCCUCAACCGAGAACAGAUGCUUCCAAAACUAUUGGAUGGAUGUCAUUUUUAUUUCCUGGGAUCCUUCAAAGAACACAAAAAGGAAGACUUGACUGAGCUGGUUAAAGCUGCUGGAGGACAAAUUCUCAUUCGCCAACCAAAGCCUGAUAGCGAUGUGACCCAGACUAUUAACACUGUAGCUUACCAUGCUGAUGCUGACUCUGAUCAAAGGUUCUGCACACAGUAUAUCAUUUAUGAUAAGACGUCUAAAUAUGUCCCAGGCAAAGUACGCCAAGGCAAGGUCUGGUUUGCACCCUCAAGCUGGCUGAUUGACUGUAUAAUCUGCUUUCAGCUGCUGCCUGUGCAACAAGAAUAAGGCAGACCGACCCGUGCGAGAU